UCCUUCCCUUUGGGGUGGGGGGCUCCACGUGCCCUCCCCCCGAGGGGUGGGGUGGGGGUCCCUGUUGCUUGGUUGCAGGCUGUGGGGUUGAGGCCUUGGUUCUGCCCAAAGGAGGGACUCUUGCGUUGUGAUUAUUGCAUGUAUUUGCAUAACACCCCGGUGGUGCUGGGGCAUGCAGUGGGUGCAUGGGGGUGCAUCGGUGCACAUGCACGACGAUGUGUGCAGAGCAUGCAUGGAGUUACGUGGCACACGCAUGCAAGUGUGCAGUGUUACCUGGAGGUGUGUGGAGGUGCAAUAGGUUGGGAAAUUUGAGCCAGCGUGUGCAAACGUACAACACGAACAGUCACACACUACCAGAAGCAUUAUGGGCAGCAUCAUUGUCUCUGCAUGUUCUGAGGGCAACAAGUCUGUUCUGCAGGAGUUUUGAAAAGCAUUUCAGUGCCAGCUACAUGAGGAGUGAGGUAAAAUCAGAAGUAUUUCCAGCCUGAAGAGUUAAACUGAAGCGAGCUGUGUGUCCAUCAAGUAAUUCAUCACUUGACAGGAGGGGGAAAAAAGAGAGAAGACCUCAAGCAGUCUGUUAAUCCUAAUGGAGAAUCAGAGGUUUCAUGCUGCAGCUUGGAAAGAUCAAACUGUGGGAGCACCAGAAAGGAUGGAGGACAACAUUAUUGCCUAUGUUUCAGAUGAAAGGAUACAUGGUGAACAGUCAACAUUUUUUCUGAAUGUGGAUAGUGAAAACAUGGAAACAUCAAACACAGAAGAGGAUUCAUUUGGCACUGGGGGCCACAACAGAGACAUAAAUCCAGAAGAAAUGUUUAAAGAAGGGGCUGUCAUAUCUGUUGAGGCUUUCGAAAUUCCUGAAAUAAAUGGUGUUGAUGAUGAAAACAAUAAAAGAAGCAAAACUGUCCGAAGUGAAACAUGCUUUGAUAUUGAUAAUUUAGCUGAAAACUGUACUAAAGAACUAAGAAGCACUCUAAAAAUCCCAGACCCUGAUGCAUUUGGGAAAAAUGAGACAUCACAUAGCAUGCAAAGCUGCUUGGAAGUCCAGUGUCCAGAAGAAUCAGUAACAUUGCAGGGAGCAAGACUGACUUUGGAUGCUUUCAAAACAGAGUUUCAUCUUAACAGUGAAGGAACCAAAAUGAAAGAACUGUUAACUGAAAUGGACUUUUCAGGAAAUCUUUCAAAGUUCUGGGACCAGGGAACGCACUCCAGGUUGCUCAUCAUUCCUGAUCUGAACGAGGAGAAAGAGCAGUUCAGCUUUCACAUCACAGCUUGCAAUGAGCAGAUUGCAGGCAAGAAAGUGGGAGGAACACAUGCCAGCAACUGUGUUUCAAAUGAAGAGCAGAGUGAACAGUCAGCAUUUACUUUGAAUGUGGUUAACCAGAACAAGGUGGAAGCAGAAAAUGAAGUUGGAGUAUGUGGAGAGGGUUCAUCCUACAGCGGAAGCUCAUAUGACAGAGAAAUAAAAACAGAGGGAACAGAUUUUAGGGAAAAAGUGAUUGUGACUGGUGAGCCUUCUGAAAGUCCUAACCAAAACUGUGACAAUGACAAGAAGGGAAGCAGAACAAUUCUAGUUAAACCCUGCCAGGUAGUCCUGAAAGAACUGGGUAAAGAGUUAGAAGAAAAAUGUGAAGAUUCUUUAAUAAACUUAGAUAUUGAAACACAAUCACUAAAAAUGCAAAAUGAGAGGAAUGCUGACCCAUUGCAAGUUCUUUCACAUGGUAUUCCAGAGAAAAACUAUGUUAAAAAACAAAAUAAAAUAAUAAAAAUCCAAAACAUUAAGAUGCUAUUGAAAAAUGAGAAAUUGAACAUCAUAGAAAAGAAAGAGAUAAAAAAUCCUGAAAAAGUAAUCACUUCGAGAGGAUCAAAGAAUAUGGAUACAAAGAUUCACCAUAACUCUGAAGAACCCCAAGCAGAAGGGUCACUUACUCAGAUGGACUCUACAGAUCUUUCAGAUAUGAUUGAAGAGGGCAUUUUCUCUCGGCUGUCUCUUAUGGAAAAAGAGUAUAAGAGUUCUGCCAUAAACCUCUUUCACGAGGAAGAGGAAGAUCCAGGGGCAAAGAAGUUACAAACAGAUUUUUGUUCUCUAUCCAGCAUGACUCCUCAGAUACGGAAAGGAAAAAGUAGAGCGGUAACAUCUGUCACAAUGUUUAGGAAAAACUGGAACAAACUAAUUAAGCAAUUAGGGAGAGAAGAAAUAUCUUCUAGCUCUUUAGUGAUGAAUCCAAGUGGGGGAACUUUGCAGACCGAGGAUCUUCAAGGAAUUCCAGUAGAAGGUACCUCCACAUAUUUGUCAGUUAUCAAGGCAGAGAAUGUGUUUGAUGAAGGAAAGUCCCAUAAUAGAUCUCCUCUGCUGCCUGCCCAGAGUCAUAGUGAAGACAUACGUGUCACAGACUGUAAACCCAGCUGUAUUUCAACACCUGUUGUGGAAAAGCUUGAAACCAAUCUGAAGGGUGAGCUGCUUUGCACAAUGAAGAAUCAGCUGCCCAGACUGGAAAGUGUGGUUCAGUGCUUCUUAGCGGAAUCUUCUCAAGAAGUUUCCGAGGGACAGUUGAAUGUGGAAGAACAGAAAUCUUUAAACCAAAGAAACUUCAAAUCCACCAAUGAAAGUGACAAUAGUUCUUGUUUUCUGAUGGAAGUUGCAGAGGACUUAGAUAAUGUAGAUGAUGUGAAUAUCACUGAAGGGCAAAAAAAGGCUGUGCAACAGAAGGCAGGAGGAGAGCAUUUGAAUCCUAGUAAGAUCACCUUGCAGUCACAAAGCAUGGAGGUACCAGAGUUCUGGAGACCUGAGGCAGAAUGGCAUUCUCGCUCUGAUAACAUCAAAAAAAUCAAGCACAAUGACAUUAAAAAAACCACAGCUCUUCAUUGUCUUGAGCCACCCGGAGAGGGACAUAUUAGAUGCAUAGAAAAAGUGACUCCUGAGCCAGCCAAGGAAACCUAUCAUGCAGAGAAAAUGGCUGGGCCAGUAGUCGGACUCCUUGGAGUCCCCAGCAAAGGCUGUAAGCCAAGGAGACUACAGAGACUGGUAGAAUUGGAAGAUUCUUCAGAUGAUGAGCCAUGUGUUUGUUGCCAGCCCCCUAAGAAAAUGUCUAGGUCAGUCCUAGGAGUCACCAGCAGCAAGGCUGGUGUGCCACAUAAGAUGCGGAGAGUGGAGGAUUUGGAAGAUUUAUCAGAUGAUGUAUAUGAUGAUUUCCAGGUUACUCAGGAAAUUAAAGACAGGGAUUACCAUCCAACACUAUGUAAAAAAGAAGUGAAGCAACUCCUGAAACCAUAUGCAGCACAUGUGCUUUGGCAAAAGCCUUUGAACUCACAUUGCAGUAAUAAAAAGAAGAGGAAGGAUAGGAGAUCAGCCCCGAAAGAAGCUUCAGCUUCAGUUCCUAGUUUGCAGAUGUCCGAAGAACAAAGUCGAAUUAAGGUCAUUGACUCAUUGCGUGGGAUGCUACUGAAAAGAUUGGAGGAGUCCCCUGAUCUGGAUGUCCAUGAAGAUACAAUAUUGAGAUUAGCAAACAACGUGGAGAAGGAAAUAUUCAACCUCUUCCUUUGUGUUGACCAACGAUACAGAAACAAGUACCGCAGUCUCCUUUUUAACCUGAAAGCUCCGAAAAAUAAACUCCUCUUCCACCAAGUAGUCCUUGGAGAGGUUUCCCCCCAGUGUCUUGUUCAAAUGAAUUCACUGGAGAUGGCACCAAAGGAGCUGGCAGAGUGGAGAGCUAAGGAGAGCAAACAUGUGCUGGAGGUGAUAGAGAAACAGCAGCGAGAACCACCAAGAUGUUGCCCCACAAAACUGACCCACAAAGGGGAAAUAGAGAUACACAGUGAGGUGGAUGAGGACUUUACUUUGGAAGACCUAUAUGGUUCAGUGCUAUGUAUAGACAAGAGACCUAUUUCCAAGCCCACUACAGAAUCCAAAAGAGACACCACAGACCAGCACAGGAGUCACUUACUGGACCCAGACUGCCUUAUCUGUACAGGAAGGAUGGCUCCGGAUGGCGAGAGAGGUUUCAACCCACCACGGAGCAAGUCAUCCUCAAAGAAGAAAGCAGAAGGCAGCUCCAGGUUGCAUUCAACCACUGUCUGUUCAGAGAAAGGGAGAAGACAUUUGGAGAAGGGCAGGCCUGCCUCAACUGACAACCUCAAGAAGAAUCCAGGGCUACAGAGACAGGCCAAGGACACUGUGCUGUGGGAAGGAUUCAUUCAGAUGUUCAGCAUUAAACAGUUUGCGGCAAAAGCAUAUCCUGUUUCAGGCUACAGCACUUCCCUCAUUCAAGCUUUACCAGAGCUGAUUCAGUCGAGGGGCUGUAUUCUCCCGGAGGACGUCUGGGAUUAUUUAGAGAGCAUAUGGCCAGCUGAAGCCAAGGAGAUGAGCGUGAUACAGUUCUGCCCUACCAUAACUAAAGACUUCAGCGCUUACAACAUGCUGUACUCCUAUUUGAACAACAAACAGAGAUAUGGCAUUGUGGACAGCAACCAGAUGGAAAUGUUCAUGGUACCACUGCCAGCCUUCCAGCCAGUACCUGCCAAAUUCCACCCACUUGGUGGCCCAGGUCUUGAUGCAAAUCACUCUUGCUUAUUACUGGGACUGAUUCUUCCAAAGAAAGCCUCAGAUGACCACUCUGCAAAUGGUACAGGGCUCUUAAGGAAAACAAAAAGAAAGACUGUGACUUUUAAAGAUACCCUUGUUACCAAAUGUAUUUCACCUCCUUUGGACAGUUCUGGAAGCGCCCAGCUGGCUGAAACAUUUCAACAGGUACCUUCCAGGGCAUUCACAGGUAAUUGUCUGUCUAGGGACAAGUAUCCUCCAGCAGUUUCUCACAGCCAGGAACCUCUGACAACCAAUAAUGUCUUUGCUCUCAAUAUGGCAAUGGGUGAAGUCUUAAAUGGAGGGCCAUGCCAUGGAGCAUCAUCUUCAUGCUGUCAAAACAGCAAGGAGGAACCUAAUCAAUCCAUGCAGGAUUGCGCUUUCCAUUCAUUUAGCAGCUUCCCCUGGAUGGGAGAGCAAUCCUACGCCACGGCUCAGGAAUCGUUGGGAUGGCAGCAGAAUAUGAUGGGGGGACAUACGACGUUUCAUGCUGAUGCAGGGCCAGCCCCAUCACAGUACUGGAACCUUGGCCCAUUGUCUUCAUGCUCCUUAUGCUCACACGACUGUAGUGGCAAUGUUGCCUUUAGUGCCAGUGUGUUAGAUAUUCAGCAGUUAUCAAGUAUGUUGUGUCCUGGAGUUACAUCUUCUGGAGGACCAUCCCAGGUACCAUCUGUGCCCCAGCUUGUUUCCCAUGAACCUUCUGCUACCUCUGACCUUCAAAGUCAUGCUGCAACUGGUGACUCCAAUCCAGAGGUUCCCGUGGAGGAGGCCUUGUCUCUGAUUCAGCAUCUGGAGGCACUGGUGCAGCUGAAUUCACAGAUUCAGAAUCAGACUCUUUUUUCGCAUCCUUCGUUAGAUCUUACUGCAUCCCUGCAGGCAGCCGCACUCAGGGAAUCUCAGAUUGUUGGAGGAGCCACGUUUCCACCCGUCCAGCAGGAAAGUGGUGUGUAUCCCCAGUCUCAGUUGUCUCUUCCUCCCUUUUGUGGACCUGCGUAUCCUCCUCCUGGUUGUUAAUUACUCCACGCCCCCUAUGGAGCACCACAGAGAAUCAUCUGUCAAAUUGAUGAGAGUGUAUUUCCAACACGAAAGCAGCAUAAUCGUAACGCGAUUGCAACUCAUCUUAAAAGCUUCAACCUCUGGCAUUUACAGCAGUCUCCCACAAAUUUGUGAGAGUUGUGGAUAGAUUGAGGAAAGAAGCCUUACAACAUUAGUUCAUGUAUAUUUGGAAUAAUGAGCAGCUCUCUAAAUAUAUCAGCAACCACAUGCCAAGGCCAAAUAUUGAUUGGAAUGGGAGAUGUAGGGCAAGUGUUAUGAUUACUCGGUGUAAGCUGUUUUCUGGCCACUCUGCCUUCUGUGGCUGUUGAAAAAAUUUUUUUGGUCAUUUCCCUGCACAUUUGGAGGAGGGGAAGCUUGACAAGGAAGUACUGUGCACUAAGAAAAGUGGGGAAGGAGGCAGAUUUGAGGCAUACUGAGAAAUAAUGUGCUACUGAAAGAAGAGAGAUUUUUUUUUUAAUUACACCCAGCUCUGGCUGGAGGUUGGCCGUGUACUAACGGCUUUUAUAUGACUGUUUUUCAAUUAUAUUGAGCAUAAGUAGUUUCUUCCACUGGUGGGAAGGGACUUGCUGUUGAGGUGUUACUGGCUUUAUCUUCACCAGCGGUUGCAAAAAACUGUUUAGUCUAUUAGAGUACUUACGGUAUCUUAAAAAAUAUUGAUGCAGGGUGCAAGAAUCCAGAUUUUCCACAGAAGAUGGGUGCUGGUUGUUAGACGCACCUGUGAUACAGGCGGUUAUUUUACAUUAUACCGUGACAGAUUUUUUUAAUGUAUUGUACUUGUUUUUUGACCAGUAACCAUCACUGCACAGUAACACUGGAGACUGAAUUCAAAUCUAGAUUGGAUUCAGAUGUGACUUGCAAUUAGAAUCAUAGCAAGCAAGGUGGAUUACUCCGUUUUUAUGGUAUGAUUCUUGCAUUGUUUAAAAAUGUUUGAGUAAUUAAGAUCCUUUAGUAGUUAUUUUAAAAAGAGAUGCAGAGAACGGUCAUUGAGAGGUUCUGGGCAAAUUUGGAGCAGAGCUGGUUACAGCUAGAUUUGAAAACAUUUGUCAGGGUGGAUUUCUGACAGCUGGCUGUUGCCCGGCAGAAUUUGUAGAUGGCAUUGUUUUAACUUGGUUUUAGUGUCCCAUAUAGACAAAGAUUUUUGUUUAGACAACUGUGUUAACAGAAAGAGAUCAAACACAGGGCUAGACAAAAGAAUAAAUAGUUUUGCAUCGCAGUGCAUGGUGCAUCUACCUUGUAUCCCCCAUACAUGGCACAUUGUUACAGUUUGACAUGAAGGAAUUUUUUCCCUAAUAUUUAGCCUCGGUUUUCUUAAUAUCAUCUUAUUUCUUCCCAGUCUUUCUCCUCCAUUCCAUAUUCACUGACUGAUGGUCCUGUGGUGUUCAGACCUCCCAAAUACUUAUAGGCUGUUAUCACGUCUCCCUUCCCCCAGUCGUUGGGCAACCAAGCUACUCAGUUCAUUUUUAGUGGGUCCUAAGCCCCUCUGAUAACGCCUCUGGGCCUUUGUCAUUCCUGUUUCCUCUCUGUGUGCGUUUGCUUCUGAAUCAUCUCCCAUGACAUCCAUAAGGUGGGCUACUAAGACACACAAAAGAACAAGCAGCUUCUGUAAACAGAACAUUGCAACUACUGUUGAGAUAAUUGCCGGCAGCAGGUCCCACUGGAAAGCUGUGCUGAGAAAUAUCAAGGCUGGGCCUGCGCUGAGAAUUCACCUAUUAGUAAUUGCCCCAAUGGGAUAGCAUAAGCACCUACAGCGCAGUGUGUCCAGGUUAGCCUGUCUGUUUUUACUACAUUAGUGCCCCAUAUGCACACUUGGGUUGCGUGGACCUGAUCCAGAACCCACUGAGGUGAAUGGAAAGACUCUCAUUGAUGUCCGUAGGCUACGAAUCAGGCCCUCUUCUACCCUGGACCCCGUGUACUUCCCCUACAGUUCCCUGAAGCACUGGACAUGCAUGGAUUUGAAG